AGGACCCAUACAUAGUUACCUACACGACACUGCAGUAGUACAGCAUGAUACGUCAAUAUACACCUCCAACCGCAAUUGAAUAGGCAAGCGCAUGCGUGUCUCCAACUCUAAAUUCAAUGCUGGCUGUGCACUUGCGACGAGGAGAAUACUUGGGACGCAUGUGCCGUACCGAAGGAAGAUUUUGGAGGUGAUGCUAGUUGACGCUUUACCACCUUUCUAAAACUAAAAAGUAAAUUUUUUCGAACUGCGACGAGUGCUGGAGGUCGUCCAGAAAACGAAUAAUGUCGGGGUCGCACCACGGCGCGCCGUGUGUUUGCUUCGGGGUCGUGCUGCUGGUUGAUCCACCUGCUGCUGAUUGGACCACUUCCGGGUGAAGUUUUUUCUGUCGGCAAGGUGGAAAAAUGGGUACCAGAGUCGCAGAGCGGUGGCCGUGGUGGUCGUUCCUGCGGACAGUAGUCCUGGUGUGGUUGUUCACUCCGGGGUGCUGUUUUAGUAGUACCUUUUAUGUUGAUGUCGGCCACGCAGCUUUCUUGACUCCCAUCCAGGGGCUUCGCUUCUCAGUGGUCAAAAGGCACUCGAGCGCGAAGUCGGCGACCGUUAUACACCAACCUCGCUCGUCGCGCCCGAAGCCGGCCCGGAUUUAUCGAGAGCAACCAGGAGUGGAGAACCAGAUAGAGGAGAAUACAGGGCCAUCUUCCCGUGGCGAGCACGACGACAUCACUCUGCAACAUGCAAUAUUAUCUGGAGUCACCGAGAAGGACGUCGAUAAAGGUCGUGCACGAAAGAGCUACGCGCCUGUAAAAACUGCUGAGUCCGGUGCUGGUCCGCCGUUUCUGCAAGUGGACGUCGAAAGGGAAAGAAUUGCACGGGACAAGAUAUCAGACGCGAGUGGACAAGAAGAAGAAUUUCACAAGAAGCGGGAAAUAUUAGAUUACGUACCUGUGGAACUACAACAGACCGUACUAGAACUGAACAGAGCGCCCUUAUCCGAGCCUGGCGAGGAUGGCAUAGGGGCCUCGGGCGUCGAUGGUGGCUGUGUGCUCUGUCCCGAACUUGGCGUGGCCGGCCCCGUGCUGACCGUGAUCGGGGUACUGCUCAUAAUCUCGGCCGCCAUAGCCAUGUGUCUCUACUGCGGUGGCGACGACGAGGCGAAGGUGCGGGCCAUCUACAACGCGCGCGAACAUCAACAUCAUCAACUACAACCCGGAGGUGCUGCUCAUGGAUACGGCUACGGUGGUAGCCCUGGUGGCCACGGGGGUCACGCGGACCACCAAACCUACGGGGCGGCAAGUACUACAACCGGUGCGCCGGGAAAUAGAUGGCGCCAAAACCACAACCAGCGCGACAACGAUAUCACCAAGCUGAACGUGGAAUUUACGGAGGCCGAGCAGGCGCUGCUGGCGGACGGAUUCACGCCGAGAUAUGCGCGGAUGCUGGCGGGUUUGGUCGCGGGCGACUUGCACGUGGACGAUGAGCCGGUGCCGCCGCCGCAGGGCCACCGGGAUCUCGCGGUCAUGCAGCGGCUGCAGUUUGGCGGAAUCGGCAACGCCGGCGAGUUGCGCCAGCUCUUCGGGAAAAAGGUGCGGCAAAAGCGGGAAAACAAGUGGCGGGGCGUAUCCUGAUUAAAAACGUCCCCACACCAGAGUCAAGAUGGGGAUUUUGCAACACAAACCUAGGAGUUUUGGGAGUCACGCAUGACAAGUUUCAGUCCGUAAGGUAGUGCAAGUUAGCAAGGAAAGCCGCACCACAAAUCGAUUUGCCAAUCCUGUUUACAGCAUUACAAGUUCCCAAACACGAUUGAAAAUGCCUGUCAUGGGGUUGCGCAUCACAAAUGUUCCUGUCGUGGCAAAUCUGCAUGGCAACUCUGGUGUGGGGACGUUUUUACUCAGGAUAGGGCGCGCAACUGAAUGACCCGGGGAUGGGAUACUGGGAGACCGUAUCAAGUGUAAAAAUGUCUGGGUCUGGAAGAAUGAAACUUGUGAUGCUGAACUUGGAUUCCAAAAGAAUCUGUAUUGCAUGAGCAGCAAAGAGAACGCAACUCGUGCUGAGCGGACGAGAGGGCAUUUGUCAUGCGGAAUAAGCAUCAAGAAGCCGUCAAAGAAUCUGUGAUGCUAGGGCAUGCAUCACCGACAUCAUGGCUUAUGUAAAACGUGCAUGACAAGUAUCAGAAUCUUCCCGACCCAGACCACAUAGUUGCAAUCCAUAAACCGCAUUGCGCGCGGACGGUUUUUCGCCGGAGGCCGCCAAAGGCGUCGCGCGGGGGAUUGCGAUGGGACGGGACCCGGAGUUUAUCCUUCCGUCGCCGCAGUGGGGCCGGGACCUGGCCCUGUGGCACGAGAGAUCCCUCGGAGGAGCCGAGUGUCUCGCGGAGGUCAAGGGGGCGUUUGCGCGUAAGAAACCGCCGAAGCGCGAGGACCUCGCCGUGAACACGAUCCGCGGGGCAGUGGUCAUAACCCCGACCUUCGAGGAGGCGCUGGCCGUGACCACCGCCCACGGGCUCUCGCCGGAGUAUUCGAAGGUUUUGUCCGGCAUUCUGUGUGUGACGACAAGUACCAACACCGCUGCCGCGGCCCGGCCGCUGCCGCAGGCGACUUUACCAGUAGACCAGGAAGUGCUCGAGGCCCUGCGAUUCGCGCCCGGCGAUACGGUCGGCGAGAUGAUGCGGUUUCUGUCGCCCCGCGUGCAGAAGAAGCGGCAGGCUUUGCAUAUGGGGGCGCAGGCAACAGUGUCAACGCAGGAGGCGGAGGCGACGUUGAAAGCCGCGGGGCUGUCGCCCUCGGUCGCGUCGCUGCUUGCGGUUAAACUCGCGCAGCCCGGGGAGGGGAAGAGGCAAAUAGUAGAACAAACCCAGGGGCUAAUUGCGGCCGAUAAGGACGCCCUGGCCGCCCUCGGCAUUGGCGGCACGGAGACGGCGGCGGAGCUGCGGGGUGUGGUCGCCGCGAAGACCGAAAAGCGGAAGAAGCUCGCCGAGGACCUGGGGAACCAGGCGGAUUUAUCCGCAACGGAGGCCGAGACGACGCUGAAAGCGGCGGGUAUUUCUCCCUCUGUCGCGUCGCUCUUGGCCGUCAAACUCGCGAACCCCGGGGACUCCAAAAAGGCUCAAGUGGAAACACCGCACCUCACCGCGGCGGACCAGGACGCGCUUGCGGCCCUAGGGUUAAACGGCGCGGCCACCCACGCGGAAAUGCGGGGCGUGCUGUUCGCAAAGACCGAGAAGCGGAAGAAGGUAGCGCGACACCAGGGAAAAAUGGAACAGACGUUGAAGGAGGAGGGUUUGUCGCCCUCCGUCGCGUCGUUGCUCGCGGUUAAACUCGCGAACCCCGGGGCGAAUCAGGUAUUAGAAACGGAGGCGCUGAACGUGGCAGACCAGAACGCGUUGGCGGCUCUGGGACUCGGCGGGGCGGCGACCCACGCGGAGAUGCAGGGCGCCCUGUUCGCGAAAGCGGAGACGAAGAAGAAGGUGGCCCAGGAACAGGGGAAAAUGGAGGCGGCGCUGAAGGAGGAGGGAGUGUCGCCGGCGGCAGCGUCACUACUCGCUUUGCGGUUGGCGAACCCCGCCGAAGCGGCGGCCAAACUAGAGACCACCGACCUGGCGGAAACCGACCGGCAGGCGCUCGCCGCGCUCGGACUCGGCGGCACGGAAACCGCCGCGGAGCUAAAAGGCGCCCUGGCCGCAAAAACGAAAAAGAAGAAAAAGAAGAAGGUGGCACCAGUAGCCGCUGUGGUUCCUGAAUUGCAGCCGGCUUGGCAGCCAGAGGUUACCGAAGUGGAAAUCGCGUUGAAGGACGUUGGGUUGUCGGAGAAGUACCGAAAGCAGCUUGCCACGCAGAUCGCGACGGCGAAAAUAGAGCCGGGCACUGCCAUUGUCCGCCCGGAGGGGAAGGAUCUUCGUAUUUUGCGCGACCUGGGCUUCGGCGAGCACGAGACGGCAUUGACGUUGAAAUUAGCGCUUCAGCCACCGCCGGUGAAGAAGACGCCGAAGAGGAAAGUCAAAAAGAAGCAGGUCGCGGGCAUAGGUCAACAACCGAGUGCAGCAAUCCCGUCGCCGCCGGCGCCCGGGCAGGAUGACGACGAAAACUUUGCGGGCGGGCCGGGCGGAAAAACCACGACGUCAAAGCAUACCAAGGGUGGUGCAGCUCCGGGUGUAAAAAAGAAGAGAACCAAGUCGUUGGACCGGAGUGAUUUGUCUAGCGAGGUUUCCAAUAAUUCCAGUUUGUCCUCCUCGAAGCGGCGCCCGAAGAAAGUCGUGAAGAAGGCUAUCAAAGACAGCGCUGGCGUGACGACCGCGGAGGACGACACAGACGACUCAACGAAAGGCACGAAAAAUAAGGCGAAGAAAGAAAAGCUAAAAAAGACUGCAAGCGGAAACAAACUUGUGGGCGACGGCGUUGUGUUGCAAGGAGCCGGUGAUAUCACAACCGAGGAAGAUGAAGAUAGCACAAGCAGCAAGAAGACGCCCAAGAAGAAAGACAAAGACAGCAAAAAGGCAUCGAAAGACAAAGACAAACUUCGAGGACAAGAAGACGGAGAUGACACUAGCGGCGGUGCGGGAGCGGAUGUAAGGAAAAAGAAGAAGGACAAAUCUGAAAAACAGCAGGAGAAAAAGAAACACGCAGCACCAGCUGAGAAGGCUGAUUUGCAGCUGAAUCUGCAAGCGGACGUUGCCGACGACCCGGACGGAAAAACGCCGCAGGAAACCGCCGUGUCGAGCGCGCCACUCGUAUUGAAGGCUCGCAAGAAGAGAAAAGACAAGGCGGAAAAAAACGAGCCCGUGCUAACUGCGGACAGCUACGGGCACGAGGCCCGCGCGGUCUUCGAGCAGGCCAUCGUGUCCAAGGGUUUGACGCCCGCGUACGCGAAGAAGCUGGCCACCGCGCUGGCAAACCCCGACAUCGACGAGACGGGGGUGGACCUGCCCGCCGCGGAGGGCGCCGAUCUUGAAGUCUUGACGAAUGUCAUGGGCGGCGCCAUCGGAACCACCACGGAGCACGCGCAGCUCGCGCGGGCGCAGUUCAUCAAGGUCGCGGCGGCCCUGCCGCCGGAGGCAUUAGUCGAAAUCGACACCGACCUGGAGUCGGCGCCGACGGAAGCGCCGGCUGGCGCGGAAGCGGAGGAGGAAGUCGCGGAGGAGGAGGACGCCGCGGUCGGUUCGGAGGAGGGCGGUAUUGCUUCGGAGGUAGAAGAGCCCGGAACAAUCCCUCCCUCGGGAGAUCGUUCCUCGCCCCCGGGCGUAGAGGACGGGUCGGUUCCGGCGGCGAUAAGUCCACCCGUAGCUGCCCCCGUCCGCGCUUCCGCGGCCGAGCGCUCGAUGCUCGAGCAGCUUUCGCCCUCGCAGCUCGCAGAGAUAGAAAACCUAGAGAAAAUGUAUGCCGAGGCGGGCUUCUCUCCCGGCUACGCCAAGCAGGCGGCGAUUCGGAUCGUCACGCAAGACGCCGGCGUAAUUCCGGACGACUGGACCGAAAGCGCGGAUCCGAUCACCGCUACCGAGAAAGACGAGCAGUUGGUGGCCGCCCUCGGGUUCAAACCAGACGCGGUGACUACGGCGCAUUCGAAAAUGGACAAGUUCAUGAAACAAACCGCCCAGGAGAAGAAGAAAGCGGAUUUGGAAGCGGAAAAAAAACAGCUCGAGGAGAAGCGCGCCGCGCUGGACGCGCUCGCGCAGCCGGGGUGCUGCUGCCGGGGAAGCGCCGCGGCGGUGGCGGCUUUGGAGGAAAUUGACGCGAGCCUGGUUUUGCUGGAAGCCGCCCGCGUGGCGCUCGAGGCCGCGAUUGCCGAGACGGCCGAGGAGGUGAAACACACCGAAACAGCACAAGGUGCGACUCCCUCCGUGGAGAACGCAGUAAAAGCGGACGAGGCCAAGGCCGCGCUGGUGAAACAAGGCGUGGACGCCGCGGCCGCAGAGCAGCUUGCGGAAAAACUGGCCAACGCCGAGAACGUGGCGAUCAAGCUGACCGACGAGGACCGCGCACAGCUCGCGCCCGUGCUUGGUAACAGCCCGGCGGGUCAGGAAGUUGCCGGAGUCGAGGAUGUUGGCCAGCAGCACGCGGCUUCUUCACCUCAACUGGACUACGGGCAGUUGACGUCGCAGCUGAUGAAAACGCAAGCCGACUGCUUCGUCCAGUCGCUGUCCCCGGAGGCCUUCGAUUUCUACUGCGACGGCAAGCGGCUCGCGUCGUCCGCGCCCAUGUCUGUCUGCCCAUCGUCAUCCGUCCCGGAGGGGGACGGUGGGCAGCACAACUACACGGGGGAAGGAAUUCCGGUCUCCGAGCUCACGAGCACCGACUUCGCGAACUUCCAACCCACCUCCACCGUCGACGAGGUCAUCCUGUCCGGCGCGGGGGCGGCACUCUCGCCCCAGCAAAAACGCAAGGUCAUGAAGGACAGAAUACGCAAGCAGCACGAGGAACUUGUGUCCAGCACCAGCGAGACAAGGUAGUAAAAGUAGAAAAACGCGAGUUGUUUUUGAUGUGCGAUGAAGAGAAAAGUACGACGAACUACGUCGAAGGUGCAGCGAAUAGGUAGUACGGGCUGUAGCUGCGGUGGUCUUACUUUUGUCAACACUGCAUUUUUAUAACUAGAACUACUAUACUCGAGAAGCGACGGUAUGUGUUACUUCUCAAUGUAAGUUUUGUACAACUGAAAACAUGCACUCGAAUACCCAUCUAUGAGUUGAGAACGCCAGCGGUAUGCGUUCGACUGAUCAU